UGCUCGCCCAUUGCUCAGGUUCCCUGGUCCAGGCAGCGCUGACUCAGCCACCCUCCGUGUCAGCGAACCCGGGACAAACCGUCCAGAUCACCUGCUCCGGGAGCAGCUACAGCUAUGGCUGGUACCAGCAGAAGGUUCCUGGCAGUGCCCCUGUCACUGUCAUCUACUACAACAACAAGAGACCCUCAGACAUCCCUUCGCGAUUCUCCGGAUCCAAGUCUGGCUCCACAGCCACGUUAACCAUCACUGGGGUCCAAGCCGAGGACGAGGCUGUCUAUUACUGUGGUAACUGGGACAGCAGCAGCAGCUAUGGUGUCUGGUGACAACAAGUUCCCUGGUCCAGGCAGCGCUGACUCAGCCACCCUCCGUGUCAGCGAACGUGGGACAAACCGUCCAGAUCACCUGCUCCGGGAUUUACAGCAGCUAUGCUUAUUACAGCUGGCAUCAGCAGAAGGUUCCUGGCAGUGCCCCGUCACUGUCAUCUACUACAACAACAAGAGACCCUCAGACAUCCCUUCGCGAUUCUCCGGAUCCAAGUCUGGCUCCACAGCCACGUUAACCAUCACUGGGGUCCAAGCCGAGGACGAGGCUGUCUAUUACUGUGGUAGCCAGGACAGCAGCUACAAUGGUUCCCUGGUCCAGGCAGCGCUGACUCAGCCACCCUCCGUGUCAGCGAACGUGGGACAAACCGUCCAGAUCACCUGCUCCGGGGGUAGCUAUAGCUAUGGCUGGUACCAGCAGAAGGUUCCUGGCAGUGCCCCCGUCACUGUGAUCUACGAUAACAACAAGAGACCCUCUGGCAUCCCUUCGCGAUUCUCCGGAUCCAAGUCUGGCUCCACAGGCACGUUAACCAUCACUGGGGUCCAAGCCGAGGACGAGGCUGUCUAUUACUGUGGUGGCUACGACAGCAGCAGCAGCAAUGGUGUAUUCGGGGCCGGGACCCUGUUGACCGUCCUAGGCCAGCCCAAGGCCUCGCCCUCCGUCUACCUCUUCCCGCCGUCCCCCGACGAGCUCUCGACGCAGAGCAAAGCCACCCUGGUGUGUCUGCUGGGAGACUUCUACCCCGGCGCCGUGCAGGUGACCUGGACGGCCGAUGGCCGUACCCUCUCCAGCGGCGUCGAGACCAGCCAGCCCCAGCGGCAGACCAACAACCAGUACAUGGCCAGCAGCUACCUGACGCUGAGUGCCUCCGACUGGAAGAGCCACGAGACCUACGCCUGCAAGGUCACGCACGAGGCCGGCAAUGUGGAGAAGAGCCUGAAGAGAUCCGAGUGCUCCUAACGCCGCCGGGACCUCCCCGUGCCAGGCGGCCCCUCGCCGGCCCCCUCCCUCUUCCCCGCUGCUGGGGGCAGCGGCUGUCCCCCCGCCGCAGAUGUCUCUCCCCGUGUCCCCCCGUCCCCUGCUCCCGUACCCCUGACCUGAGUGUCACACGAAUAAACACCGACACUGAACUA